AUGUCUCAGAAAAAAGCAGAUUUUGAUUUUCUUGUGAAAUUGUUAAUCAUUGGAGAUAGUGGAGUUGGUAAAACUUGUUUGUUAAUGAGAUAUUGUGAAAAUCUGUUUACAAAUAAUCAUUUGACAACUAUUGGUAUUAAAAAUUGCCACAUUGAUAGGAAUAGAUUUUAAGUUAAAGACAAUUGAAGUUGGAGGCAAGAAGGUUAAAAUAUAAAUCUGGGAUACUGCUGGUUAAGAAAGAUUUAGAACCAUCACUUAAACUUAUUACAAGGGAGCUUAAGGAAUUAUUUUAGUUUAUGGAGUUGACGAUAGGGUUUCAUUUCAAAGGUAUUAUUUAAAAACCAUUCUUAAGUAUAGAAAAUUGGAUGAAGUAGAUUAAUACUCAUGCCUAAGAGGGUGUGAGUAAAUUGCUAGUUGCAAACAAAAGCGAUUGUGCUGAUAGAGUAGUUUAGACUUAAGAAGGUCAAAGAUUAGCAGAUCAAUAUGGCAUCCCCUUUUUUGAAACCUCUGCUAAAAAUGGCACAAAUAUCUAUGAAAUUUUCAAUUCAAUUGCCAAAAUGGUUAUAGAUAAACAAAACAAGGAUCCUCUUGAUCGUCCAUCCAAUGUUUAAUUAUCAUAGUAACCUUAAAGUGAAGCUUCAAAAAAAUAAGGAGGAUGCUGCUGAC